AUGUCACGGGAUCUCGGCAUUGACAACAAAUCACACUGGCGUGACUCAUACAUAGAUGGAUUAGCUGCCAAACAAUCCGAGGGCGAACAAUUCUCCUCGAGAAACUCUCCCCAAAAGCACGCCGAUGAUCUGUUCACUCUAACCGGUGGACUCGAGCCAUCCAAAGAAGCCCUCUGGGACUACAUGUUCGACGGACCGUACUCAGACGCUGAAGCCUUCAAAGCCAGCAUCGCAUCGAAAUCCGCUUCAAAAGAUCCAUUCUUCUACGCAAUCAUCGACAAGCGCAACUCUCUCCCCACUUUCGAAAAGGCAAUUGGCUAUAUCUCUCUGAUGCGCAUGACUCCCGACCACCUGGGCAUUGAAAUCGGGAAUGUGAUGUACUCCGCUGCGCUCCAGCGCACAACUGCCGCCACAGAGGCGAUCUAUCUCCUCGCCCAGCAUGCUUUCCAUAAUCUUGGGUAUAGGAGAUUGGAGUGGAAAUGCAAUUCGCUGAAUGAGCCUUCGCAGCGUGCUGCUUUGCGCUUGGGGUUCUCGUUUGAGGGAAUCUUUCGACAGCAUCUGAUUGUUAAGGGAAGGAAUAGGGAUACAGCUUGGUUUUCUAUUCUGAGGGAUGAGUGGGAUGAUUCGCUGAAGGCUGCCAUGGAGAAAUGGCUGGAUGCUGGGAAUUUUGGGGAAGAUGGUGGUCAGAUUAAGUCACUGCAGGGUUUGAGAGCUGAGUUGAGUUGA